AACGACUGGUAACAACUAUGGUCGUGUAUAGCCAGUAACAGGCUUAAACCCAAACCCAAUUCAACCCAGCUUUAUGUUUCAGUUUUGAUUAGACAAUACAGAGUUUGGUUUAAUCACUAAAUUAACCCAAUGCUGUAGGUAACAGAUGAAGCAACUCAUCCUUCUCUUACCGCCCUCACAUGGUUUCUUUUACAGGAUCAUCCAAGAUUCAGCUUCAUCUUAUAUCUGCAUCGCUAUCAUACUCACUUUGUAUCUGUAAUCAGUGAACCCAAUAUUACCAUCUGUUUAACAGAACUAACCUAUCUCUGUCUCUCUGUCGGUAAUUAUUUUAUUAUCAAGUUAAUCAACCCAUUCAUAAAAUCAAUAACAAUUGUUACAUUUUGUCUACAUCAGUACAACCUUAUAUACAGCUUCUUACGAGUCUCCUAUGAUCUGCUUCUUAUCAUCUGGUAAAUGUAAAGUAAAAGGUGCUUAGUAAUGAUUAAAGUAUCAUUUGUGAUUUUGUUUCAUCCAUUCUCGAUUCAUCAAAAACUUCUGUAGCAUGUAAAUACCAGAUUAAUUUGGGAUCAUCUUAUAUUUUGCCAAAUCAUCCAUUUAUCAUCAUCUUUACUGUGUGUCUUCCAUUCCCAUAGAUAUUUGAAAAUGAAAAUAAAAGCCUAAAAUCAAUGUGAAUAAACAACCCAAAUCUGAACCAAAGGAUUCAUCAUCACACCCAAGCGAUUCUGAUCAAAGACCCAGAUUUUACAUAGGAGAUGACAUGUUCAGACAACAAAGAUUAUCAUCCAAGGAGCCAGGGGAGAACCACGACGAUAGUUGUCACGAUUCAAGAAGCUGCUGUUCUUCCCCUGACAUGGAUACAGCAAGUACCGAUAAAGAUGAGCGGCCUAUCAAGGUUAACAAGGUUAAAGUUGGUGUUUGCGCCAUGUCCAAAAAAUCUAGCUGUAAACCAAUGAGAGAGAUUUUAAACCGGUUGGAAGAAUUUGAAUAUAUUCAAACAAUUAUCUUUCCAGAAGAGACAAUUUUAAAAGAGCCCGUUGAAAAAUGGCCUGAGUGUGAUUGCCUGAUAUCAUUUUUCUCCAAAGACUUUCCGCUUGCCAAGGCAGUUGAGUAUGCCAAAUUUAGGAAACCAUUUUUAAUCAAUGAGCUUCACAUGCAGUAUGAUAUGCAAGAUCGUCGAAAGGUUUAUCGUAAAUUAGAAGAAGCUGGAAUAGCUUUACCAAGGUAUGCUGUAUUGGACCGUGACUCACCCAAUCCUGAAGAAAGAGAAAUAAUCGAAUGUGAAGACCAUAUCGAGAUAAAGGGAGAAGUUUUCAAUAAACCUUUCGUUGAAAAGCCAAUAUCGGCUGAAGAUCACAACAUUUAUAUUUACUAUCCAACUUCGGCUGGUGGUGGCUCUCAAAGGCUAUUUCGUAAAAUUGGUAAUCGUAGUUCAGUCUAUUCUCCUGAAAGCUCAAUCCGUAAAACAGGUUCAUACAUUUAUGAGGAAUUUAUGCCAACUGAUGGAACUGACAUCAAGGUUUACACAGUAGGACCUGAUUAUGCUCAUGCAGAAGCUCGUAAAUCACCUGCAUUAGAUGGUAAAGUAGAACGAGACAAAGAUGGUAAAGAAAUACGUUAUCCAAUCAUCUUGAGUAAUGCAGAAAAAUUGAUUGCUCGUAAAGUUUGCCUUGCCUUUGAACAAACUGUUUGUGGUUUUGAUUUAUUACGAGCCAAUGGUAAAUCAUACGUUUGUGAUGUUAAUGGAUUCACAUUUGUUAAAAGUUCAAUCAAAUAUUAUGAUGAUUGUGCCAAAAUUCUGGGAAACAUGGUUCUUCGUAAUCUGGCUCCUCAACUUCAUAUUCCUUGGUCGAUUCCUUUUCAAUUAGACGAUCCACCCAUUGUACCUACCACUUUUGGUAAAAUGAUGGAACUUCGAUGCGUAAUUGCAGUUAUCCGACAUGGGGAUAGAACACCUAAACAAAAGAUGAAAAUGGAAGUUAAACAUCCCAAAUUUUUUGAAAUUUUUGAAAAAUAUGAUGGACACAAAUCGGGUCACAUAAAAUUGAAAAAGCCCAAUCAAUUGCAAGAAAUUUUGGACAUUUCAAGAUAUCUACUACACGAGAUUGAAAAAAAUCCUGACUUUGAUAUGGAAGAAAAUAAAUCCAAAAUUGAACAAUUGAAACAAGUGUUAGAAAUGUAUGGACAUUUCUCUGGAAUCAAUCGUAAAGUUGAACUCAAAUAUCAGCCCAAGGGAAGACCUCGGCGUUCAAGCAGUGAAGAAGAUUUGCCCCGUGAACCGUCUUUGGUUUUAAUACUCAAAUGGGGAGGCGAAUUAACACCCGCUGGUAGAGUUCAAGCUGAAGAACUCGGACGAGUAUUCAGGUGUAUGUACCCUGGUGGCCAAGGCGAAUACGCUGGAACUCAAGGUCUUGGCCUGUUACGAUUACACAGUACUUUCCGUCAUGAUCUAAAAAUAUAUGCUUCAGAUGAAGGUCGUGUUCAAAUGACUGCUGCAGCAUUUGCUAAGGGUUUGCUAGCGUUGGAAGGUGAACUUGCUCCUAUUUUAGUUCAAAUGGUUAAAAGUGCUAAUACAAAUGGUUUACUUGAUAAUGAUUCGGAUUCAAGUAAAUUUAAAAAUAUUGUUAAACAGAGACUUCAUGAGUGCCUUCAACGUGAUUCAGAUUUUACCGAAGAAGAUUUAGCCAUUCUUAACCCAACCUGGUCUCGAUCAAUUCAAAAUGCUCUCAAUUUUAUCAAAAAUCCAUUUCGAGCUUGUGAACAUGUCUAUGAAUUGGUACAAGAAUUGAAUAGCCUUAUUAAACAACAUAGAGAAUCAUUCCAGUCUCAAGAGUCCGAUUUGUACCAUGGUGAAACCUGGGAUUUAAUGCAACGACGUUGGGCUAAGCUAGAAAAGGAUUUCAAAUUAAAGAAUGGAAAAUUUGAUAUUAGCAAAGUUCCAGAUAUCUAUGAUUGCAUUAAAUACGAUUUACAACAUAAUCAACAUAUCUUGCAGUUUUCAAAUGCUGAAGAGUUAUAUACUUAUUCAAAAGCAUUAGCAGACGUUGUUAUACCACAAGAAUAUGGAAUCACCAAGCCUGAGAAAUUGACAAUUGGUUUAGGAAUUUGUUCACCUUUAUUGAAAAAAAUUCGUGGAGAUUUAUUAAGGGAUUAUUUGUCAGAGGAAAAUGAAACUGUUAACCGUCUCAAUCCUCACUAUUCCCAUGGCGUUUCAAGUCCAGGUCGUCAUGUGCGAACUCGUCUAUACUUUACUAGUGAAAGUCAUAUUCACUCGUUGCUUUCAGUAUUGCAUUACGGUGGUCUUAUUGACGAUAAAGAUGAACAAUGGAGACGAGCAAUGGAAUAUGUUUCAACAGUCUCUGAACUUAACUAUAUGACUCAAAUUGUAAUAAUGCUGUAUGAAGACCCAACUAAAGAUCCUUCCUCUGAGGAUAGAUUUCACAUUGAAUUACAUUUCAGUCCAGGCGUGGUUUGCUGUGUCCAGAAAAACAUUCCUAAAGGGCCAGGAUUUCGUCCACAAUCUCGUAAUACAUUAUCCAAGAAAUUUUCUGACCAUAAUGCACACUCCUCUAACAUGCCAAUUAAAGAAGAAGACUCUGAUGAACUAACUGUUGACGAUGAUGAAUUGGAUGACUAUCAAAGCCCAAUUAGUAGUACCAAUGCCUGUAGUACUCCUGAAUCACCAACUAUACUGGAAGAAGGAAAACCUCACUCUCUACACCACGAUUUUAAAUUCACCGAGCUUCUAGAAGAAGAUGAAAGACUGGAAAAGGAAAAGUUAUCAUCACCGCCACCUUCUUCUUCUGAUGAUUCUAAUUUACUUUUACCUGAUACUAAAUCGAAGAGUGAGUCUUGUGAAGAUCUGCCCGUUAACUGUACCGAAACUAAUCAAUCUGCUAAUACUAUUGCCAACAAAACCGUAUCUACAACCACUGAUACAACUCCAAUCUCAAUAAUCUCCACCUCAACUACCACCUCCAUUAUAAACACCACUACUUCUCUAGCUUUUUCAACACCAACUAAUUCAACUAAUAGUCAUAAUAGUAGUAUUAAUAGUCAAAUUGAUGCGACUCAAAACUCCCUGGAAAGUAAAGCUGAAUCAACUCCUAAAGUAUUAUUACGAAGCAAUUCAAUGUCCGUCUCUUUUUCUUGUCCAAAUUCAUCUGUUCCGAUGAGGCACAAGCCAUUAGCUAAAUUAAAACAAGAGAUAAUGAGUUCUCAUGCUCAAAGUCUGGACAAUGUCUGUGAAUCUAGUAAAACUUUAGGUCGUAAUAAGCCUCAUCGUCAUUCAAUUCAUGGCCAAUCGAGCUCUUACCUUCGUUUGUGUAGUGUAGCUGAUUUACCUCAUUAUGGUUCAGCCAGCAGUUUAUUAUUUAGUACUGCAGUCAUAAGUGGAUCUUCAAGUGCUCCCGAGUUGAAAGAUGUGCUUCAUCCACCUUCAGAAGGAAUUCCUAAUAUUCCAUCAAUCCGGCCCUUAGAAACUCUUCAUAAUGCUUUAUCCCUCAAGCAAUUGGUUGCAUUUCUUGAAAGGAUGACUGCUACUGGAAAUCGUUCUGCUAAUACUUCCCCUUCAUUUUUGGCUCAAAUGUCCAGCAAUGGGUCAUCGACUUCCUUUUCGGCCAACAGCCUUCCCAUGUUAUCACCAACCAGUAGCUUUGGAUGCUCUGGACCAUCAUCUAUAGUCUCAAGUAGUGGCCAAAGCUCUCCCAAUUCUUAGACGAAGUUGUCGGCUGAUCGCAUUUUCUCAUUCAUUGACAAGUUUCUAAUCGAAACAGAACGCUCAAAUCGUUUGAUUAUCUAUCUUAGACGACAUCUGCUUGUUUUAUAAUUUUUCAAUCAUAAGAACAUGCUUUAAGAUCAAAAUAUCCUCAUUACUUCUUUCUCCAUUCUGAUUCUCUGAUCAUUACCCAAUUAACUGAGAACGCUUGUCCAUUCUGAUGAACAAUUUAUCUGAAACAUCACAUAUCAUCUUCAUCAUCAAUACCAACAUAUAAGAAACACUAUUAUAGAUAUUAUCUUGGAUAAACGGGAUUAAGCCAUUCUUCAGUCAUUGAUGAGAAAUUUUUUAGAAAUAUAAAUUUCUUUUUGAUAACUGAUUAGUCAUUAUUUACAAAUUAUAUUUCAGUUUGUCUCAUUUUCUUUCCCUGUCCGUUCCGAAAUGAUCAAGAUUUUAACCAAUCAAUCUUUCUUCAUUGUAUUUAAUUUUUAUCACAUUUUUGUAAAAAUGAGAGAUUUUCAUAAAGCACUAGAUUUCAUUUUUCCAUAGUUUAUUAUUAUAUCAUUCCCAGUAAGUUGUUCAUUUAAUAAAGAAAAUGGAUUAUUUCAUUGUUGAA